AUGAAAGGCCUGGGCGGGUUCGAACCUCCGAUCGAUCGUGCAGGAACCUUUAACCGCUACACUGCACUAAUUACUUUCGAAAAAUCAGAAGACUUGAUGUUGCCAUCAGAUGCGGUCGCCGGAUUGUCAUUGCUGCUGUUUGGCAUUGUUGGAAUAUGCCUUUUUGGACUCGUCACCUACAGUAUGUUGCAAAUGAUUGGUGAAAUUGUUGGUUUUCGGUUUUUGAUCAGCCAAGCAGUCACGGACAUCUUGCUGUUGAUACAGUUUGCUGUUUGGCCAGGCAUUACAAUUCUGUGUCAGAACGAAAUAUUGCCAGUUGGAGUGAGAUGGCAUGUCCACAUCUACCUGGAUUUUACCUGGUGGGCGAUGGUCUAUCACUACACCGUGGUUGCGUGGUCGCGGUGGGCUGCUGUGCAAUGGCCGAACUGGUUCCGUGUACUUCCGCCUUCCACCUGCCUUUGCAUUUGUGCAGUGCCGUGGUUGGCAGGAUUAACACAAUCGAUAGUCGAGCACCAGUUUGAUUGGUUCGUACCCUUGUACUUCAAUCCAGAACGCUAUGGUAUGGAUUCGGAUUGGGCAAGGUACAACGGGUAUGGUACAAACACUUACUACAUGAUUUGUAACGUUGUGUUGAUGGUGCUGCCAUUUCCGUUGUAUGCCGCCGCUCUCAUUAAACUCUUCCGAAGGCAGACAGAGAAAACUAUAAAAGCCCGUCAACGAUACGCUCGUGGGGCACCGCAAGCACUCUUGUCGGUUCAGCGACAAAUGAGCAUCGAAACGCGUUUACUAGUGCCGUGCAUCAUCAACACGAUACUUUUCGUCGUAGGACAGAUUUUCAUCUCUCAAUGUUCAAAACACGGGAAAUGGAUGAAUUGGGCCGUUAUGGUGGUUUUCACUGCAAACUCCCUAGUCAAUCCUCUUCUUUAUUUGUUCUUCAGCAGUGUUAUACGAAAGGGGGUCGUGACAGCAUGUCGUGAUCGGCUCACGCUGUCGGCGAUUUAUGACUACGAACUGCGAUCGUCAAGCGGUGAACAGAGAGCUUCGCUGAUUCGUAUGAAUCGUGACGCGACCAUCAACUCUCAGCUCAAUCGAAUUCCGGCUUCACGCUGA